UCCUCCCUGAUUUUUUUUUUAUUUUAUUUUUGGCUUCCUACCUUUUUUAUUUUGCACUUAUUUCACAGCUACCCCGGUUUGUUAAGUCCUCGGCGCCUCUUUUACUUUUUCAAAUUUUAUCUGCCCUUUGUAUAUAAUGCGGUCGCUCUCCGUAUAUUCUUUGCGACCUGCGUUUUCUUCCGAGAUUGACUUCACGAACAGCAUCCUACUGUUGUUUGCGUUUUGGCUGCUUUCAGGGAACAUGGAUUAAUUUAAAAGCCGUAUAAAUGCACCUGCAGUCGAAGAGAAACUCAGCUUUUAAAAUCUUAGAGGCGUGUGUGCCCUGGGUGCAGCCUGGCCUGUGCUGUGGAUGUGAUGAAGAACCCAGGAGCAGCGGACAGCCUUCGGCUGGACGGUCUGCUGGAGGCCGGUCUGGUCCGAGAGGCUCGCCUUUGGAAGGUACCUGUCUUCAAGAAUGGAUGCAUCCAGGGCACUGACAUCUCUUCAUCCCAACACCAAGAAAUGAUCCUUUGGCUCGGAGAAAUGAACAGGCUGUUUCAUUUCUGUCCGGAGACCUUUGCGCUCGGAGUGUGCGUCCUCAACCGACUGCUGUCUGCUGUCAAGGCUCAGACAAAGUACCUGAAAUGCAUUGCUUUUACCUCGCUGGUUCUGGCUGCCAAAAUCAACGAAGAAGAUGAGGUUAUAGGUUCUGUUAAAGACCUGGUUGUGCAGAGUGGAUGCAACUUUUCAACAGCAGAGAUUCUUCGCAUGGAGAGGAUCAUUCUAGACAAGCUGCACUGGGACUUGUAUACCGCAACACCCAUCGACUUCAUUCACAUAUUCCACGCCAUGCUCAUCUCCAGCCACCCCCACCUCAUCCCGUCCAUUGGUCUCGGAUCCGGCGUCGGCUGGUACCCUGCAACGGACCCCGGUGUCCUCCCCGUUGGGCUGGGGCAUCAGAAAAGACCUCCCGGCCUCCAGGUGGCGUUGUGGACCAGGCAGGUGCAACACUGUAUGGCUUGCCACCAGCUUUGGCAGUUCAAGGGCUCCACAUUGGCCUUGGCCAUCAUCACUUUGGAGCUGGAGGCACUCACGCCCGACUGGUUCUCCAUGUUAACAGAUCUGCUGAAGAAAGCACAAGUUGACAAUGCCGAGUUCAUCCACUGCAAAGAGCUCGUGGAUGAGUACCUACACAGCCUGGAGUUCUCCCUGACGCCCAACGCCGUCUAUAUUUUCAACAGCACUCAGAUCUGUGAUGAGGAGCAAGUCCAGAGCCCUGUGCAGCACUUCAGAGAGGCCAGGAGGAGGCAGGGCGAUGGAGAGCAGGGGGACUCAGACGAGUAUUACGACGGAUUCAGGUGUCUGUAUGACGAGGAGGCGACUCCCGGAGCAGAGGGCAACAAUACUGAUGGUUUGUUUGAGCAGGAAGACAUCACCUCGUGCCCACCGCUGCACCCUGCUGACAACUAGGAGGGCAUUUAUUCAAACCGUCCAUCUUUUGUCCACAGUGGGAUACAAAUGCUCCUCACUAGCAUUUUCAUAUCUCAUAUUAAAGGUGUCAGUUUGUCUUAUUCUGAUACCGUGGCUUGUUCUUGGCAGCUGAGAAACUGGGAAUCACGUACCAUAACCAAUAUGAGAUGACUGUUUCUUUGGUGCAGAGUUACUGUCCUACCUUUUUUAAUUUUGGCCUUCCCAUCACCCCCAAAUGGUUUUUGUUUUCUGCACUUUGUUGUUUAUGUACCUGAAGGCAUGUUUAUUUGCUUCUUUUUUCAAGUUUCAGUGUCCAGAUUGAGUUUGCGGUAUCCUGGUGCUCAGGUUCCCCCGAGAGCCACACAGCACUUUGAGAUGAAAACAACCUUUUUUUUUUUUUUUUUUAAACACAAAUAUUCUAUAUUUUUAACCUUUACUGUUAUUUUAAUAACUUUAAUAAAGUUUUCCUGCUGUUAAGUGUUUAGUUACCAUUUAUUUAGAAGUUACAUUUUUACUUAAAAGCUUUGUCAUUACUUAAUUAUGCAAUUGUUUGUAUUUUACUAGUUUCAACCUAAAUUUAAUUUAUGCAGCUGUUACAUAUCAAAUGAGCACCUUUGGGAGAUUCACUCAGCACUAGAGCAGAAUAAUAAAGUAAUGGUGAUUUUUGACCACAUGAGAUUACCUGAUUAAUAAUGCAGCAUCAGUGAUAAAUUAGCAAUAUUUUUUUUUAUUGUGUACUGUAUGAGCGCACCAAUAAUCUGAGGUUGACCUAUGGGAUUAUUCUUUCUUCUAACUGAUGAUUGAUGAAACACAGUGUCUCUCAAGGGACUUUACCUCCACCGCUAUACAGAUGCUGGAGAGACUGUUGUUUUGUUUUUUAUUUUAGGCAGCUGAAAUUGUAUUCAGUCUUGGUAACAUGAUCUCUAAUGUGAACUGGUUAUUUUCUCAUCUGUAAUGUCUGCUUUGAUUCAUCAAGGCAAACUGGACCAAGCAACACAGUGACAAUUUUUAUUUAUUUUUUUUCCAUGUUCCUUCAGAUACUGAGGCAGCUAUAUUUUAUUAUCUACCACAGAAAUAAAGCUAUGAUUUCAGAAUUUU